AUGAAAUUUGGCAUUCAGAUCCUGCAGAAGGCGCAGCGAACUUUUUUGAAGAGCCAAGCUGCGGUUACUGAGGCGACAGGUGUUCGCACUGCCAAGCCGGCCAGCUUCAUUCAGAUCAGGUCGCAUGGCACUUUCGGCACCUCUGCCGCCCAAAAGGCGCAGGCCCUGCGGCUGCUGCAAAGGGAGGUGGAGCGUUCCAACAACGAGGACCUGAGGCGCUUACUGCUGGAGGUUCAGAGCCGGCUGGAAGGAGACGGCGACGUGGGAAAGGAGGUGGAUGCCAUGCUUGAGAAGCAGCUGUGGAAGAUGCGUGAGGAUCAGACCACAGAGGAUGAGAAGUGGCAGUGGUGCGUGGCUGAGACGAAGAAAACCAAAAAACAGAAGACCAACAAGGAGGAUGACAUGGAAAAGCUGACCAAUGGCAUCCAGUCCGCCCAAGGCUCGGUGACCGAGCUUCAGGGCGAGAUCAAGGAGGCCACCAAACGGCUCAGCGACUUGCAGAAGAGCAGCAACGAGUUCAAGAUGGACCGCCAGGAGUCCAAGAACGAGCAUCAGUUGGCCCUGCGUGAUGCCAAGCUCGCCCAAGAGGCCCUGAGUGGCGCCAUUGGAACCUUGAACAAGUUCUAUGAGGAGGCAGCGGCCUCAUUGCUGCAGUCCGUAAAGCCCACCGAUGUGGCUGAGGCCCCUGAAACAUGGUCCAAAGGCUUCUCUGGUACCGGACAGGAUGGCAAGGGUCCAGGGGAAGCCAUCAUCAAGGUGUUGGAGGAUUGCUCCGCGGACUUUGCCCAGAUGGAGGCGGAGACCAAGUCGCAGGAGGUUCAAGAGGAGGCCGACUUCGACAAGGAGAUGAUCGACGCCAAGAAGGAGAAGGUUCGCCUUCAGACGGAGAAGAGCUCCAAGGAAGAAGAGGAGGCUCGUUUGUCGGAGAAGAUUCGAGACAUGUCCGAGAAGAAGAAGAUGACCGAUCGGUCCGUUGCCCUGUUGGCCAAAUACCAUGAGGAUUUGUCCCAGAAGUGCAACCAGACCGCCUACGAGGCGCGCACGGCGGAGCGCAAGGUCUCCAAGGUUGAGCUGCAAAAGUCCCAGGAGCUCUUCCAGCGGCCCAGCACCGCGUUGCCCCUGGCCACGCAGCUCUUCGUGGCGGUGCUGCAUGAGAAGAUUGAGCAGCUGAAGCAACUGGAAGGGCACCAGCAGCAGUGGGCCUCCACUGCACGGACCUUGUACGAUGGCCUGAAGGAGGAAGUCGCCCAAAGCAUCUCCUUCGAGCGUUUCUUAGAGCUCUUCGCCCAGUGCGCGGCCAACGCCCACGAGGUGGACGGAGCCCAGGGCGCGGCCAUCUUCGUCCUGGGCUCCAUGGCGGAACACAGCUGCAGGCCCAACGCCUUCAAGAACGUCCAGGGCUCGCAGCUCACGGUGCGCGCGAUGGAGGACUUGGUGCUUGGGGAAAAGACUCCCGAGCUAUGCUGCGCCUUCAGAUGUCCGGAAUGCGAGGGCCCAUGCUGUCCGUCGACUCCAUGCACUGAACUGGGAGGCUUCUGCGAGUUGCUGUGUGAGGAGUGCGGCUUGCGGUGCAGUGGUGAACAGUUGGAGGCUUUCAAAAAGGCAGAGACUCUGGAGGAGUUCAAGGGGUUGGGAUGGGGAGGAUCCGAUUGUACCUUGGGGGCUGCUCCAGAUUUGGGAGAUGGGACGGCCAUUCAACCUGGCCCCUUGGGGGGGGCCUCUUCGCAGGUGCCAGCCGCCACGGCGCUGCAGAUCUUCCCUCAGCUCUUCGAGGCCUUCGGGCGGCUGAGAGAGGAAGGCCAUCCCUUUCUGUCGCAGCUGGCGCAACGAGAAGCCGAAAGCUGGGAGAAGGCGCACCCUGAAGAUCCAGAUGCAGACGCCGCCUGGCACCGGGCCGCUGAGCUCUUCGCACUGAGCCACGGCGCGGAGUCGAGGGAAGCGGCGCAGUGCAGGGCACGGAUCUUGCCACAGGCCUUGCUCAAGGAAGCUUUUGAUGCCUCUGCGGAGAGUAUGCUCAUCUCUCUGUGCUCUCUAGCGGGUCGGCUGCAGCGCUUCGAUGGGAUGCGUUGGGUCUUCACAGUGCUGUCGAGUCUGGUGCUGAUCCGUGCACGACACUUUGAGAACGAUGACAGCUUAGACAGCGUCGAUGCGGACGACAGCCUGGAAGAGGGCUUCAAGCCUGCAGACCCUUGGCGCGUGGGUGCGCAGCGGGUGGACGGCAAUGAUUGCAAAAAUGUCAUCAAAUUGGGAGACCAAGCCUACAACUGUCCCAGUUAUUAUGUGGCUUCAGAUCUCACCACUGGAAGCUGCCGCACGCCCUGUUUCAACCCGACCAAGAGCUGCUUGGCGCGCUGUAGCCAGGGGCCCCGAGCUAUGCCUCCCUUUCAAAGGCGCGACGUGACGGGGUCUAGUGGCGGAGGGUCGUCCCCGCAAGAUUCGCCUGAAGCGGGAAAAAGAGUUUGGGUGGGAUUGUCCUUGGCACAUCGCCUCGGCGCGGCCAAGAGAGGAAGCCGAGAGGCCGUGUCCGCGCUCCAUGUCUGGACCUCGGGCGACAGCAUGAAUGACUUGCCCAUGGCGCCGUUGAGCGCCAUGGCGGAACCGAGCCGUGUGCGCGCGCAGGGGGUCAGCAAGAGCAUCUUGGAACAGUCCGAGAUGGAUCUGACGAAUCUGCGCAUCGGCAAGCAACGGCUGGUGUCCAAGAAGAAGCGCUUGAGUUGCUUGGGAGAAGGUAAGUUGAAGAAGACGAUCCUGGAGGACCGCGAAUACCGCGCGCCCGGGUCGGUUCUUCCCCUCGCUGAGAACGCCCCGCGGCCCGUGGGGCUUGUAGCGGCGCCGGCGGUGGUGGAGCCGUUUAUGCCCAGCUGGUGCAUGGAAGAGGAGGAGGCCUCGGAACGGCAGAAGGUGGAAGAGGAGGAGGAGAAGGAGAAUGAUCUGGGAGAAGAGCCAGAUGAGCCGGAAGAAGCUGAAGAACCGGAUGAGCCAGUGGACGAGAAGGAGAGGGAAGAGAAGGCCCGGGACGCCUUGCUGGCCAUGUCCAUCAGCGAGACCCUGCAGCGGCUGACGGCGCUGCCGACAUUAAGCGGAGCGAGACCCAAAGCGGCCACGGCGGACCUGGAAGUGCGACACUACGUGCAUCAAGAACUCAGCGAUGAGUUGGAUGAGAAGGUGAAAUUCGUGCUGGGCGAGCUGGUACGCUUUCAGGAACGAGCCAAGGAGCAGAACGCCAUGAAAUACGCCAAGCUGAAACGAUUCUGCGUAGGCCUUCGGGAGGCGAAACGCGCCAUCAAUCGCAAGAAGUGCAAGGGCCUGGUGGUGGCGCCGAACCUCGAAGUGUCGACGCUUGAGGGGGGCCUGGAUGAUACCGUAGAGGAGCUCAUUGAGUUGGCGCGGGAGAAUGAGGUGCCCGUGAUCUUCGCUCUGAGCCGGAACAGGAUCGGCAAGGCCAUGGGGAAAAGCAUUCGGCUGAGCAUCGUGGCGCUGCAUAGCGUGGAUGGCGUGCAUCAGCAGUUCAAGGAGCUGGUGAAGUUGGCUGAGGAGCUCCGGCCGCUGGGUCAAAGUCCCAGAUGGAACUGGGAUGGUGCGGGGGUCUGA